AUGGAGCAAAAGGAAGCAAGAGAGCAUGCGAUCCAGCCGCUGCUUAGAGGCGAUGAGUCUCUGAACUGCUCUUCGGAAGAAGAGUUCAAAGACGAGUUUUCGAGGUUUGAUCAGAAGCCGAAGAGGCGGAUAUGGAGGAGGAUAUUUCCAUGGCUGCUGCAUAGCUCGAUAAUAGUCGUAUACUCGCUGGUUAUUUUUGCUGUUAUCCUACCCAAACUCCAGAGGCAUGUUCUACAAGAAGCAGACAAAGAGAAUCACCCACAUCUGCCACUACCAGAUAGACAAGCCCUAAAAUGGGAGUACCGUCAGUUCCCAACGAAUAUCGUGAACAAUCCCUUUGCCGGGCCCCCUCGCGAAGAAAUGGAGAAUGCAUGGCAUUCUUUCCUGCGAAACGAUAACAUCCGUGUUCCCAUCAGUUAUCUGAAGGAGAAGAACUUGACUUCAGUAUAUACCAAAGACCACUCUGAGGGGAUCGCAUCCCUGAGUGUGUAUCACUCCUUGCAUUGCCUGAAAAAGGUCAAGCGCAUGAUGUUCAAAGAACAUUAUUACGCCGACAAAGACGAAGUGUCUAUGGCACGCGAGAUAAAACACGCCGACCACUGCGUGGAAUAUAUUCGGGAAUCCCUUAUGUGUCAACCGGACCUUUCUUUGGUCACUUUCCGCUGGAUCAACAACACGGCUCAGCAUAAAGAUCCGACGGAGUUUUAUCCAACGAAUUUUGAUAAGGAUAUGCACUAUUGUGCAAACUGGGAGCACCUUGACGGGUGGGCUGGAGAGCGAAUGUUUGAUCUGUUUAAAGUGGACUUGCUGGACAGGCCAGAGAAGAGUUUAAGCUGA